UCAUCGCCCUACGGACGAUACUAACCUCAAAAAAAAUAGUGUCCAAUUGUUUUCCACUUUUAAAAACUAUUUCUGACAGUUGGCACGUCGCAAAAACGAAAGUCUCGGUGGUCGACGCUUUUUGUUUCGUUUGCAAACACUCGGGGAAAGCUAGGAAAGUGGCAUGUUUUACGGAACGAGCUCCUUAACGCUGAGAACAAAAAGUUAAACGACAAUAAAAGUAACCGUGUAUCACGGAUUCGAAGAGUAAACGCAUAAACGCAACUGAAAAGCAAACGAUCGUUCGAAACUUUUCUACCAAGCAAACGAACAGAUUUACGAGUCUAUAAAAUUUAUUUUGGAACAGAGGGAAAGGUUAUGUUCGUUUAUUUACUUUAAAAAGUGUAUUUGAAUGAACGACGCGUGGCACGAUAUUUCAUCGAUGGAAAAAAAUAUUUAUAAUUUGUGGCAGGUCGUGGCGAUAAGAUAGUAGAAAUUUUCAAGUGUUCUCGUUUCGAAUUUAUCAUUCACAAAUCGAUGCAUAAACAGUGAAAGCAUGGAACGCGAGGAGUCGUUGAGCGAAGAAGCGUCGAUCCAUCGUCGGGAAUUUUAAAUCGCUAUCCGACCAGAUAUGGAAAGGAGUUAUCGGGAAAACUUGUUAAGGAAAGAGAUAACGGUACGUAGAUACGGCAUAGAUAUUUGAUAUGGUUAGAAAUUGUGCAGAUACCGCUGUGCACGUAACCGGCAAAUGUAUUCGAACGAGAACGUGUUUGUUGAUAUUUGUCGCCGUCGCGUUCUGUGAAACUUUUUGCUUGUUUUACGCCAACUGUUCGCUGUUAGUGUUUACUAUACCACGCUGACUGUCGUGGAAAUCGAACGAUGUCUACGGAUCACGACGCAGAAAAGACGAAGUCUUCAACGAAGGAGCAACAUCAGUAUGAAAAGAAAAGUUCGAGCACGACGAUGCACGUAAACGGGCAUUCGGCACACGGCGCGAGGCAAGAAAUGGACGAGAUGCUGGAGUGCGAGACCGGAUCCCUGUUGGGCCGAGUCACGGACCUCGAGAGGCAAUCCUUGGCGCAGAGAGACGAGAUAGUUUGUCUUCGCGCUACUCUCGCGGACGCGCUAAGGCGAAUCGCCCAGCUGGAAGGACGCGAGAAAAGAGAGGACGAGAGGAACGAGAGGAGGAACGAGAGAAUGGUGUCCUCGCCCUUAAGGAAUGGACACGUACCGCUUAGAAGUAAUCAAAACUCGGUGCCCCAAAAAGACAUACGCUUACGCCAGACUGGCGGCUCCUGCCUGAGGAAUUCUUCGUCCUCGGGAUCUUCUCAGGACGUCAGGGAUCCUAUGUCCAGUCCACGAAGACCGGUCAGUUAUACUCAUUCGUCGCAGCUUCCUCAAAGAAGGUCGGUUCAUUACCAAUCAACUGGCUCAUUACACUCGGACAGUCCCAGUAGUAGUAGUGUUUCCCCGGUGCCAUCGCCAAGUCCUAGAGCUACACCACUGCCUGUGGCCAGAUCACCGACAGCAAGAUCAAACGGGCCGCCUCAAAGCAGCUUAAGAAGGGCGAAACGGUGGUCGUCGACGGGGGACUUUACGCACUCGCCGCAAAAUCAGGGAAGCAAUUCGCAGCUUGUCAGUAGCAGAUUGUCAGCAUCCACCAAGUCUCUCUUCAACCUCUUCAAGCCACCAGCGCUGAACAACAUGAAACACGGCACCAGAGACAUGCAGUACAACGAGGAGGAAAGCACCGUACGUAUGUACCUACGGGGACGACCCGUCGUCCUGUACGUUCCGACGCCAUUAAUGGAGUCUUACGAUCUUCACAAAGUCAGCACACCGCCACAGAGCAAAUUGAAGCUCGAUUGGGUUUAUGGUUACCGGGGUAGGGACUGUCGAAGUAAUCUGCACCUACUGCCGACCGGGGAAAUCGUUUAUUUCGUCGCCGCGGUGGUGGUCCUGUACAAUAUGGAGGAGCACAGUCAGAGGCACUACUUGGGCCACACGGACGAUAUAAAAUGCAUAGCAAUUCAUCCGAACAAGCUGGUGGUCGCUACAGGCCAAGUGUGCGGAACCGACAGACGAGACGCCAUGCCGCAUAUUAGAAUAUGGAAUUCGGUGAGCCUGACCACCCUGUGCGUGAUUGGCAACGGAGGGUUCGACGGGUCCAUUUGUUGUCUCUCGUUCUCGAAGGCGGACGGUGGAAAUUAUUUAUGCGCGAUUGACGAAACUUCCGAUCACAAUAUAUCGAUCUGGGAUUGGCAAAAGGGCGAACGGGGUACCAAGGUGACCGAAACGAAGUGUUCCGUCGACACGGUGGUGUGCGCGGAGUGGCAUCCGUUGGAACGGAAUCAAAUCGUGUCCUGCGGAAAGGGACACGUGUCCUUUUGGUCCCUCGACAACGGCGGUAUGCUGUACAAACGAAUGGGGAUUUUCGAGAGCAGGGAGAAACCGAGAUACGUAACCUGCGUGGCUUUCAACCAAAAUGGCGACGUUCUUACUGGCGACAGUAACGGUAACAUCAUCGUCUGGGGCAGAGGUACAAAUACAAUCUCGAAGCUGGUGAGGAACAUCCACGAGGGGUCCAUAUUCUCGAUCUGCGUUUUGAAGGACGGUUUUAUCGUCACCGGCGGUGGUAAAGAUGGGAAAAUAUUGUAUUUCGACGAGUCGUUAAAUUUGACGGGAGAAGAAGCACAAAUCGAGGACCAUUUUGGGGGCAUCAGGACCCUAGCAGAGGGCAGGGGUUCUCAAUUGUUGAUCGGUACAACGAGAAAUUGCAUUUUGGUCGGCGACGUGGGGAUGGGAUUCAAUCCAGCCAUGUUGGGGCACACUGAGGAGGUUUGGGGCCUUGCUGCCCAUCCGACGUUGCCACAAUUCGCCACGGCUGGCCACGAUAGGCUGUUGCAAAUGUGGGACAGUCUCAGUCACACCGUUGUUUGGAGCAAAGACAUUGGGGAGCAAGCACAAAGCAUUGGGUUCUCGCCAGAUGGUAACGUGAUGGUGGUUGGAUGCACAUCCGGAAAAUGGCUGGCGAUCGACAGUGAAACUCGAGAAUUGUACACUCACCAUAGCGAUGGAUUGGAACCUAUUCAGGUUCUACGAUUUUCACCAGACGGCACGCUUUUGGCACUUGGUUCCAGAGAUAAUUGCAUUUAUAUUUAUCAAGUGAACGGGGACGCAACCAAGUAUAGUCGAGUCGGCCGAUGUAUGCCGAAGCGGAUACGAAGACGUAGAGGUCACUCGAGUUUCAUAACUCACGUGGACUGGUCAACGGACGGGCAAUAUUUACGAAGCAACAGCGGGGACUAUGAGCUCCUAUAUUGGAAUCCCGGGGUCUGUCGUCAAAUUCCACAGCCCUCCACGUUGAGGGACAUAGAAUGGGCGAGCCACACUUGCAUAAUAUCAUUCGAAACGAUUGGAAUAUGGCCCGAGGGUGCAGACGGGACCGACAUUAACAAUUGUUCUCGCAGCAGCGACUCGAAGCUUCUGGCAACAGGAGACGACUUUGGAAAAGUAAAAUUGUUCUCGUACCCAGCGUGCCAGCCUAAGUCCCUGUGCCACACGUACGGCGGCCACUCGAGUCACGUUACGAACGUGUCGUUCCUCCAAGACGACACACGAUUAAUCUCCACUGGCGGAAACGACACGAGCGUCCUCCAGUGGAUUGUAAAUUACUAAUUCCGUACGAUCGGUGGCAUUCGCGUCGAAUCGAUUCACAUUCGAAGUGUCCUUCGUGGUCGAGCGGUUGGGGGAAAGUGGACGAGACAAGGCGGAAGGAAUAUAUUUCGAAUCGACUGCGAGACGUGCGAGGAUGUUGGCUUCUCGUUAAAAAUUAACACGAAAUUGAUCGCGACGAGGAAGCGAGCCGAGUCCGUUCCGAAUUUCGUUUAAAAGUGUCCUUCGCGAUUGGCUUGACGGAGAUAGGGACGAGGACGAAUUAUAAAUUUAAAAUACUUUUCGAAGCAACGUUGCUCGUAUAGAAUUUUACAAUUACGAGGAUAUCCAAAGAGCCCGACAAAUCUCAGAUUACGAAACGACGCAGAAGAGAAACGCUAGGUACAAUUAAGGAAACAUUCGUUUGUUUUACCGUGUAAGUGUCCUUUACGAAUUAAUGACUGAAAGUUGUAAGGUUAAUUUACCGAACGAUCGCCGCUGUGAUCUAGAGCGACGCGUCGCGGAGGACUCGUUCGGCGCGAACUGUAAUUCGGUGUCUAUCGAUAACGCAUAACGAAGUGUCUUUUCUUUUGCAUACUCUACGUAUUUACGACUGUCUCUCGAAGGUUCUUUCGUCUAAUAACCACCUAAUAACGACGUUGCACCUAGAAACAAACCUUCGCGUAAUUCAGCACCGAGGAAAUUAAAUUGCACGGUUGUGAUCGAUGUUGCAGAUAUAUCCGUGGCCGCCAUUUUCUUUUCCUCUUGCUCGUUUCGAGCCACGCGGUACUCCAUGAGUCUGUUUCUUUAUGUUGAUCAGAGUUGGGGUGAGUUUGUGAAAAUUGUGUGCAGCGUUGAAUCGAAUGGAUCGAGAAGAAUAGAAUGAAAUUCGUAAAGAUUUGUCUCGAAAGCGAACAAAGUCGAAACUCGAUGUUUUUGAAAUUGGAAAAUUUCUCAAAUUACCGCCGCCAACCGAGCAAUUAUUUUUCACGCGUAACAACAAUAAAUUUAACCACGUAAUUCGAUAACGAUUCUAACAGAAUUUAUAACCAAUAUCGUUGUGAUAUAAUUUUAUGAAUCUAUUGCUCCGGAGCGUUUACUCGAACGAAAUUGUUACUAAAUUAAUAAUAAUUUUAUUUACCUGCUCGAACGCGAGUAGCAUUUCGCCCGACUCUGGACUUACGCGUGCGUGUAAGUACGAUACACUUAAAUUUGGAUAUCGAAUGGUGUCGAGGGGCUACGAAAAAUCCAAAGAAUCUCUUUUCGAGAACUUCGUAGCCUCGAGGGGGGACUGGAAAUUUGGAAACUUAUUCGAGUUUCUUGGGCGAAGGAAAGAAAGAAAAAGAAAAAAAACUCCGUACCGUAAAAUGCCGUCCAAUAGGAAGUACGUAGCAUAACAUGGAAAUCGACGGGUAUGCUUGUGGAACCGAAUCCGUUGAUUCUACUUAAUUAUUAAGCGAAACUGAUUUCGUGAUCCUCGUUGAAUACUUUAGGGAACAAUAAUUAAUUCCUCUGUCUCGAGGGGAACGCAGCCCUUAGUUUUAAAUAUUUUUCGAUAGCUUAACCCCGUUCGGUUUGAUCGUUUACGAAAAUUUAGAAAUGAAAUAUUCUUCGUUGACGUUAAUAUUAAUAAUGAUGAUAACAUUGAGUAAUUUUUGAGGGGAAUUAGGGGGAGAUCGUUGAGAAAGUAUUCGCAGCUGAUUUAUCGACAGUGAGUGGUAGGGAAGUUUUGUAAAUUUAAGGCGCGAAAGAGAUGAGAGAUAUCCAAGAUGGCGACUUGGUUAUACCUAUCGUGAAGUGUAAAUAGGAUUAGAAUGCAAUUAACGAUUAGAAUUUCCUUUACCGUAUAUAUUAUCUUUUUCCUUUUGGUACGAACUAUUUUACCAAAGUCCAACAAAGCAAGGAUAAUCAGUCUAUUUUCACUCAUCGUCAUUUAUGUAAGAUAUAUACAUAUAUCUAUAUAUUUUAUUUAUGUCGCGUCGAUGGACGUCUGUGCGUAUAUGUAUCUUUAACGUUUAAUAAAUCGUCUUUA